AUGGGGCGAAGCACGUUCCGUGAAACAGUCACAAGAGAGGUGCUUCGCGUGACCUGUUUCGCGUUAAUGGGGCUCCCGAUCUCCCACAUGCCCCACGUGGAUGCGGGCGGCUACGCAAAUGUUAAUUCACGAAUGAUCAUCAGCUACGACUCCCCGCGCGGCGGGGUGAGCGUCAUCACGGAGAAGGGGGACACCACGACCAGCUUCUUGCUCAUCCAGAAGGCCAAGCCUUCUGACUCGGGCCGGUACCAGUGCAACCCUUCCAAUGCCCAGUCCAAGAGCAUAACCGUUCACGUGCUGAAUGGUGAAUAUCCAGCCGCAAUGCAGCACGGGGGCCAAGCGCACCACCGCUCGUCGCACCUCUACUGUUUAAUAUUUUGCGUGUGUCUGCUGCUGUUGAGUCCCUAACACGUAGUGUGCGCUGUGAAGGAACUCUGUGUCGUGAGUAACACGCCGCGCCCAGCGGUGUAACGAACUCGAAUGAUGGAUAUAACAGCUUCGUAUUAUGUUAUCCCUCUAAUGUGUACUCCGAAAUAUUUUAUGAACCGAAGACUAUUUUCUUCAUUCUCGGGUUUUUAAGUGAACAAAAGGGGGUGCGAUUAUGCCUGUAGUUGCAGUUUUGGAGAGAGAAAAAAAAGAAGCAAACAUACAGACUAUUGACUCAUGGUGUCCACUUUUGUUGGAGUGUGAGACGUGCAUCAUUUGGACGUGUUUGUCUAUGCCUACGUAUGAAUGAAUGGAAUACAAGUUAUUUCUUUGAAACCGUACGUUCUUAUAGUACUGUGGAUAAUGUAAUAACAAAGCAUAACCUAUUAAAGCUAUAAAUGUUAAGACCGUUA